GGCGAUGUCGCAUGAUGGUCGCAUACCCUGGUCAUAUCGCGAUGGACGAAGCCAUUCCUUAACUGGCACCAGCAACUACGAGCAGCAUGGCCGAUGAGAAGCGCAUCUCCUCGUAUGCUGCGCCUUGGCACAUGCUCCGGGAAGCCAUGUCCCGCUUCACCGCCAACGUCGAAGAUGUCGUUGACCGCGUCGUGAUGGCGCUUCGAGCUUCGGCACCAGCACCCACCGCAGCCUUUACACCGCGUCGCAUACUACUGCCGUCGGGGCGCGACGCCACUGAGCUUCUGCAUACCCGGCGCCGGUCGUGCGUAUUUGCGUCCAUCGCCGACAAUUGGGACAGCGAGGAUGAGACGGAUGGCAGUGAAGAUGCCUUCUCGAUGGACUGCGACGCACUCUGCGACGACGAAGACGAAGAUGUCGACAUGGCGUUCUCAAUAUCCGAACACAUGGAGCGUGCUCACGCCGCCCGGGUGCUCCAGCGGACGUACCGCCUUUGGCGACGACGCGCCGCCAAGCGCCGUGACCAGUCGAUGGUCGUCGUCCGCGGACCGUCCCCUCGCCCACUGAAGCGAAAGCGGUCUGAAGGUUUUGCGGCGCCGAGCGACUUUGUGUGGCGCAGCCGUGCGAUUGCGCAAAAGCUCCUCGAGCCGACCGACAAGCAGCGAUUCAGGGCGCUCAUGUCGACGUCGUAGUCGUCCCUCCGUGCUUUGUACGUCAAACUAUAAUAGAGCGUUCCGUGUACUAGUAGUAUUCACGACGAUUCUAACGCGACGCAUCCACCGAUUUCCGC